UUUCGCGUGUGCGUCUGUCCACUCAACACACCGGGCUGCUUUUGCUGGCGUUAGCUCCACAAUCCUCGUUAUGUAGCAGGAUUUAUCUCGGGCACAACCGGCACCAUGGCUGAGAAGAACCAGAACCGACUAACGAGGAUAAUUUGCACCGGAUGAGACGAUUGCUUUUUGGGAACUUUCAGCCAGUACCCCCAAACUUGUUGUUUUUGCAGCCUGCUUUGUUUCCCAAGGAGCACAUCGAUUGACGGGAGCAAGUCAAUACGCAAGAAAGGCGCUUGCUUGUCCGGCGUGGAGACUGGUUUGUUAGGGUGUUUUUAGGUGAUGUUGUCGGUGCUUUCUUACGGUCGACUCGUUGCCAGAGCGGUCAUCGGCGGGCUUUCACAGACGGAUAGCCGAGACUACAGCCUGGUGACUGCGAGCUGCGGCUUCGGCAAAGACUUUCGUAAAGGUAUCCUCAAAAAAGGCAUGUGCUAUGGAGACGACGCGUGUUUCAUCGCCAGACACAGGACUGCGGAUGUUUUGGGUGUUGCGGAUGGUGUGGGAGGUUGGCGCGACUAUGGUGUGGACCCCUCUCAGUUCUCUGGGACCUUGAUGAGGACGUGUGAGCGCCUGGUGAAGGAGGGCCGCUUUGUGCCCAGUAACCCAGUGGGAGUCCUCACCACCGGCUACUAUGAGCUACUGCAGAACAAAGUGCCGCUGCUGGGCAGCAGCACAGCCUGUAUUGUGGUGCUGGACAGGCAGAGCCACACGUUGCACACGGCUAACCUGGGAGACUCUGGUUUCCUGGUGGUGCGAGGGGGAGAGGUGGUCCACCGCUCAGAUGAACAGCAGCACUAUUUCAACACACCCUUCCAGCUGUCCAUUGUCCCACCUGGAGCCGAGGGGGCAGUACUCAGUGACAGGCAUUUGUUUCACCCAUGCUUCAAUGCGUCUGUGAAUGCAUCGUCUGUAACAGUGCCAUGAACACACCGCAAACGUCAGGCUGGGGUCCAAGUGGAUGCUGGAUCUUUGCCAGAACUGCCCUCACUCUCCAUCUCUCGCUCUCUCUCACCCCCUCUCUCCACCUCCCUCCCUCUCCUCUACUGUCAGGGUCAAUGUCUGCACUCUCCCGGGGCAAGCAGAGGACCUCAGACACAGCCUUUGAAGUGUCCACAGCAACAGGAAAUGUUUAUAUUAUUGGGAAAUCUGGACGGUAUUUUCCAUUUCAAACUGUUGCUUUUUAUUGGCCCGCCGCUUGGUAUUCCUGAAUCUAAAGAAAUAUUCACAAAUAUGAUAUUUUUAUUAGUUCCAUUGUCCCACCAUAUUUAUUCAGAAAUGGCACAAAAUCUAUCUGUCCCCCAUUUCAAUUAAAUGACAUGACUAUAGAAUAUUGGGAAUCACACUUGAAAGCCAGAAAUCACAUAUAUCUAUUAAAGCCAAUGGUCCACUGUGCAAAAAUGUAACCAUUAUGAAAUUAGUGAAACAUUUACUUGGAUGUACUGUUGCUCAUUCUGAAUUAUUAGCUUGAUUUCAACCUGAAACUUUUAAAUGCCAUUAUCUCAUUAACCACUAAAGCUCUUCCUGUACUCGUAACAUAGAAGAUAAAGUAAAACUUAAAUUAUAUAUAAAUAUAUAAUUAUAUAACAUAUAAAUAUAAUAAUUAUAUAAUAUAUAAAACUCUCUAUAAACUUCAGUAAAUUUGAUAAAGUCCAGAUUUAAUUUAAAAGGAUUUCUGCAGGACAAAAAAAGGUAAAAUUUAUCCAUAUAAAUUUUUGUCUUGUAAUUUGGCCUGGUGGUCACCUGCUGGUUACCAUGGAGAUGGAUUUUUGAUUUUAAUGUCUGUCAUUUUAGCUAAAGCAAUGAUAUUUCCAUGGAGAUGAGCAGGUAUCCUCCUCCACAUAGUGUUUUUUUUUUUUUUAUUUCUCUGAAAGCCAGUGCGUUUACCUGCAUUAACUUAGACUAGACUUGAAGUACGCUAUGUCCCGGGGUAGUGGAUAUAUGAAAUGAAAAUAGUCAUUAAAACUAUCUUUGACCGGGGGCAACGGGAGGGCAUCUUCUUAGAACUGACACUGAGACGCACCAAGCUUUGGUUUCUGUAGUAAAAGUAUUUAAGGAGUGCACUGACAUCAGAGCAUGUACUUUACCCGACACCAUAAAGUAGUAUUGUCUGAAGACUGGCUGUAGUCAUGCCAAUAUAAACUUUUUUGUUUCUUAAUUGUAACACUAAAAUCUGUACUUGACUGUCAGCACUUUUACCACGGACUAAUCCUAACCUAACUAAUGAGCAGAGAAGAUAAUUUAGACAUUACAGUGGCAGGCCAGACUAGACAAACUUCCUAGAAACUGAGCACUCUGGAUGCUAAAAAUGCUUGGCAUGUUGAAAUAAUACUCAUUUUGAUUUUACGUGGCUGAAAUGUGUUACUCUUUGAAUUCUGUAAAAUAUUGUUGUCUGGGCUGCAAGCUUCAUUACAGGUGCAUUGUGUAACUUUUCUGGUGGAGGAUUUGUCACCUGAUUUUCUCCAUGGAAAUGUUAUUGCUCUGUCUGAAAUGUUUCACAGUAUGGCAUUAAACCUUGCUGUUGUCAUGGAGACCAAACCAUGCCAAGUUACAGGUCAGAUCUGUGAAGAGGAAAGCCUGCUCACAGUCAGAAUGCCUGUUUUUCACUGUAUGUUUGAGCAAUAAAACCACCUGCACUUGAAUACAUGCAAGGUAGAUCUGUUUAAUGUCAUUCUGUGGAACA